GCUCUUGGUUUUAUCCUCCAUCACCAUCAUCGUUAAGAUCACUAAUCAGUUAAUCAGUGUUACUCUCUUCCAAAUGGCAGCAACACAAGUACCUGAAUUCGAGCAUCCUAAGAAGGCUUUCGGUUGGGCUGCCAGGGAUCCCUCCGGUCAUCUAUCCCCUUUCCAUUUCUCUAGAAGAGAAACCGGUGACAAGGAUGUGGCAUUCAAAGUGUUGUACUGUGGAAUUUGUCACUCGGAUCUGCACAUGGUGAAGAACGAAUGGGGCUUCUCCAUCUAUCCUAUGGUCCCUGGGCAUGAAGUUGUUGGUGUAGUGACACAAGUGGGAAGCAAGGUUCAAAAGUAUAAAAUUGGAGACAGAGUCGGCGUGGGAUGCUUGGUUCAAUCGUGCCGAACCUGUCAAGACUGUAGUGAUAAUCUUGAAAAUUAUUGCUCCUCAUAUACUCUAACAUACGGUGCAAAAUCCAGCGAUGGAACCAUCACAUAUGGAGGUUACUCUGACUCAAUGGUUGUUGAUGAGCACUUUGUGGUUCGAAUUCCAAAUGAGUUACCUCUUGAUGCUGCUGCUCCUCUGCUAUGUGCUGGGAUCACAGUGUAUAGCCCUCUCAGAUAUUUUGGACUAGACAAACCUGGCUUGCAUGUUGGUGUCGUUGGUCUUGGUGGGUUAGGCCACAUGGCGGUCAAAUUUGCCAAGGCUUUUGGGGCUAAAGUCACUGUAAUUAGUACCUCACCCAACAAAAAACAGGAAGCAAUGCAACAUUUAGGAGCUGAUUCUUUUUUGAUAAGUCGCGACCAAGAUCAGAUGCAGGCUGCAAAGGAAACUUUGGAUGGUAUCAUUGAUACAGUUUCAGCUGUUCAUUCUCUCGUGCCUCUCAUUGGUUUAUUAAAGUCACAUGGAAAACUUGUAAUGGUUGGAGCACCUGAGAAGCCUCUAGAACUGCCAAUCAUUCCAUUACUUAUGGGUAGAAAGUUAAUAGCCGGUAGUGGUAUCGGAGGGUUAAAAGAGACUCAGGAGAUGAUUGAUUUUGCUGCAGAACACAAUGUGAAACCUGACAUCGAGCUCAUUCCUAUUGAUUAUGUGAACGAAGCAAUGGAGCGCCUCAUCAAAGCAGAUGUGAAAUAUCGCUUCGUCAUUGACAUUGGAAAUACUCUAAAACAAAGCUCUUAAGCC